AUGAUGCUUCACUUGUUAGUAUACCUGAGCCCUCUCCUCUUCCUUCCCACUCACGCGGCGCCCCGGUCGUCCAGCAGAUCUGUGCGCGCGCCAGCGGCCAAGGUUCGACUUGCUGGAGUCGGGCGGCGGGAAAACGAGGGGCGCGUGGAGGUUCUUCACAACAGCACCUGGGGAACUGUAUGUGACGACGAAGUCGAUAUUCAACUGGCAAACGUCGUGUGUAGAGAACUGGGCUUCCAAAGCGGCAUAACAUGGGCACACAGUGCGAAAUACGGCGAGGGCGAUGGUCCUAUUUGGAUGGAUAACGUGCGUUGUGUGGGCACUGAGAAAACGUUGAAAGAUUGCAAAUCUAAUGGAUGGGGGGUCCAUGACUGCAAGCAUUCUGAGGACCUGGGAGUUGUGUGUAGCACUGAAAGGAGGAUGGAUCAAGUACAUCGUGGAGUUCCUCGAAGAGGCCAUGAAAUUGCCCUGAGAACCAACAUUACCACCUCAAACCACUGGCAAGACAUUUACAACCCAAGACCACCUGCCUAUCAUGGGCACGGCAAUGGACACACACAGGACUUUCCAGGUCAGGGCCAUUUUUCAAGACCACAGCUACACAACCCGUCUGGCAGCAAGGUGAGAAUUGAGGAGGUGCGCCUGCGCCCCAUCCUUAUGUCGACCAAAAAACAUGUCCUUGUCACAGAGGGAGUAGUGGAAGUGAAGCAUGCUGGGAGAUGGAGGCAAGUGUGUGACAAAGGCUGGAGCCUGAACAGCAGUAGAGUCGUCUGUGGCAUGCUGGGAUUCCCCGAUGCGAAGCAGCCCAGAAUGAGCAGCUAUAUAAAAAUAUGGGAUAAGAAAGUCAAGGAUCCAUCUACCAGGUUAAGCAUUAUGAUGAAAAAGAAGGGCUUCUGGGUAGAGAAAAUCAACUGUCUUGGCAUUGAACCCAGCCUGACUGAAUGCCACGCUCAGCUGUCCAUACCCCGUAGCCACACCCCCUGCAAGAAUGGCCGCCACGCUGUGGUCCAUUGUGUACCAGGUCCCCAGUUUGCACGUAUAUCCUCAGGAAGACCUCAGGCCCCUCACCCUCACCAGUUAGCGGUGCGGCUAAAGGCAGGGCCACGCCUUGGGGAGGGCCGAGUGGAGGUUCUUCGUGAAGGAAAAUGGGGUACCGUGGUUGACCACCUCUGGGACCGCAUCUCUGCCAGCGUGGUUUGCAGGGAGCUGGGCUUCGGAACUGCCAAAGAGGCCCUCGGUGGAGCGUACAUGGGCCAGGGCACAGGGCCCAUCCAUAUGAAUUCGGUACAGUGUAGAGGCACAGAACGUUCAAUUUUGGACUGUUACUACCAAGACGUGCCUCUCUGGACCUUCAAACACAGCCAAGAUGCCUCUGUCAAGUGCAAUGUUCCCAAUACAGGGCUAGGAGCCACGGUGCGGUUGGCAGGGGGCAGACAGGUGGGAGAGGGUCGUGUGGAGGUUUUAAUGGAGGUGGGAGGCAGAAAACGCUGGGGAGCAGUGUGCAGCGAGAACUGGGGUAUUAACGAGGCCAUGGUGGUAUGCAGACAGCUGGGAUACGGCUUUGCCUCACGUGCCCAUCAGGAAACAUGGUAUUGGCCUGGGGACCCUAAUGCAGAGGAGGUGAUCCUGAGCGGGACUCACUGUGUGGGAACAGAGCUCUCCAUCCAGCACUGCAGACGAAACAGCUACGUGCACUGUCCCCGCGGUGGAGGUGCCAAAGCGGCAGGAGUCACCUGUUCUGAGACUGCUCCUGACUUGGUCGUCGAUGCCCAGCUGGUACAGGAGACGGCAUACCUGGAGGACAGGCCGCUGCAUCUGCUGACCUGUGCCCACGAGGAGAACUGCCUGUCUUCCUCCGCCAACCGCAUGCAAUGGCCCUACGGCCACCGUCGCCUGCUACGCUUCUCGUCCCGCAUCAUGAACCUGGGAAGGGCGGACUUCCGCCCGCGUGCCACCCGGGAGUCCUGGACCUGGCAUCAGUGCCACAGGCACUACCAUAGCAUUGAAGUGUUCACACACUAUGACCUGCUCACUCUCAAUGGAACCCGAGUAGCUGAGGGUCACAAAGCCAGUUUCUGUCUGGAGGACACUUACUGCCCUGAGGGACUUCACAAACGCUUCUCAUGUUACAACUACGGAGAUCAAGGGAUUUCUGUGGGCUGCUGGGAUACCUACCGCCACGACAUUGACUGUCAGUGGGUAGACAUCACUGACGUCAGGCCUGGAGACUAUAUCUUCCAGGUGGAGGUCAACCCAACCCUGGAUAUGGCAGAAUCAGAUUUUAUGAAUAAUGUCAUGCGUUGUCGAUGCAAAUAUGAUGGACACAGAGUCUACUUGUACGGCUGUCAUGCAGGAGAUGCUUACAGUGCUGAGGUUGAGGACCUGUUUGAACACCAGCGACAGAUCACCAAUAACUUCAUCUAA